AUGUCCACCAGACSCAGCCGGACCAGUCCGCGGCCGGAAGCCGCCUCCGGCCGGCCGMAGUCGGCAGCAGCUUCAGCGGGAGAGAGCCCUACAGUUAGCCGGGUCACACAGCCUCACGCCCGGGCAGCAGCUCAGCAAGCCGCCGCCGAGCGAGGAGCCGGAGUCCGCAGCCCGGUCUGGAGCUCCGGGGGGCGGGCUGGAGACUCCACCUGCAGCCCGGUCUGGAGCUCCGGGNUGGAGACUCCACCUGCAGCCCGGUCUGGAGCUCCGGGGGGCGGGCUGGAGACUCCACCUGCAGCCCGGUCUGGAGCUCCGGGGGGCGGGCUGGAGGUGCAGCAUAACCCCGCUGACAUGUGGCCGAAUGAAAACCAUCAUCCGGAGGAAAACAGCCUGGAGGUUAAAGAGCUGGAGAAACAAGAGGUGGAACUGAGAGAGAGGACCCGUCUGGAGCAGCUGCAGCAGGAGCAGAGUCUGAUGGAAGAGAGGAACAAACAGAAAAAGGCUCUGCUGGCUAAAACCAUUGCUGAAAAGUCCAAGCAGACUCAGGCCGAGGCCGUGAAGCUGAGGAGGGUCCAGAAGGAGCUGCAGGCCCUGGAUGACAUGGUGUCCAACGAUAUCGGCAUCCUGAGGGGCCGGAUCGAGCAGGCCAGCUGGGACUACACAGCUGCCAGGAGGGGGCGGAGCCAGCAGGGCGGGUCCAGCAGCAGACGGACAGAACGCAGGACGACACAUCAGAACCUGUCCRCCUGACGCUCAGCUGACCCGACCCGAUCUGAGGAAACUGCUGCUCAUUUAUUCAGAAAGAACUCUUCAUCGUUCUGCUCCAACAGAACCAGCAGUCAGAACCUAACCGGGCCACAGGAAGUCGGGCCGAGCUUUCAGAACCUUCAGAACUUUCAGCUGUUUUUWCACAAAUCACAGUUUGACUUGGUUUUCCUGCAGAACCAUCAGAGUUCUGGUGUCAAACCAGAAUCCAUGAGACCGGUCCAGCUCCAUCCUGGUUCUGACCCGGAUCUGACCCAGUAACAAGUAAAAUCAAUGGUUCUGAUUGGUCCAGUUGGUUCUGAUCAAACUAAAUAAGUCCAACACAGAAACUUAUAGAAUUUUUCUGUCUCAGUUUGGGUUCACGGUACCAGACCGGUACCAGAACCGACCCGUUUUCUCACUGUCUGACUUUCAGGAACUAAACCCAGACAUGUUCAGACUUCAGAGGUUCUGGUUCUGACACAGUCACAGCCCGUCAGGUUCUGGUCUCCGGUUCUUACAAACGGAGGUCCAGAACUGAUGGUAUUGGGUUCUCGUGGGUCCGCCGGGUCGUCCUUCAGAACCUGUGGUUUGAAACACGAGCAGAGGCGGGUCGGUUCUGUUUGACGGGUCGGUUCUGUUUGACGGUUCAGAGAGCAGCUUGUUAGCAGGAGCCGGACUCGGGUUUCACAGAGUUCUGGUUCUGGUUCUGGUUGUGAUCUGCAGACUUUUUAUUGAAAUCUGAUCUUUUCCUAAAAUAAAGUCUUCCUUCAGGUUC